AGACUGCUGAGUUUAGUGGCACGGCGCGCGGGACAAGCGGCAGUGGCGCCUUUAUGCUUUUUUUUUUUUUUUUGCUGUGGACUAAGAAUGGAUUUGGGAUUUUUUGGGUUUUGGUGAUCUCUCUCUCGCGGGGCGUUCGCGUCGCGCGCAAUGCGCAUCGCCCGCAGUGGAACAGACAUACCCAGGUGAUCAUGGCACGGGCAAAAACUGGAGCGAUGGUGUGAAUCUACUGCGCGCGACGCGCAACAUGGAAAGCCUCCCCGGGAACCUCACCGGCGGGGCGCGCGACAACACCAGCAACCAAACCGACCCGUUCGGACGCAACGAGGACAUCGCCAAGAUCGAGAUCACGGUGCUGACCGUCACCUUCCUCGUGGCCGUGGUGGGCAACGUGAGCGUGCUUCUGGCCAUGUCCCGCACGCCGCGUAAACGCUCGCGCGUGCACCUGUUCAUCAAGCACCUGAGCCUCGCGGACCUCGUGGUUGCCUUCUUCCAGGUGCUCCCGCAGCUCUGCUGGGAGAUCACCUUCCGGUUCUACGGGCCGGACAUCCUGUGCCGCGUGGUCAAGCACCUGCAGGUGCUGGGCAUGUUCGCGUCCACCUACAUGAUGGUGAUGAUGACGCUGGACCGCUACAUCGCCAUCUGCCACCCCAUGCAGACCCUGCAGCAGCCCACGCGCCGAGCCUACAUCAUGAUCGCCUCAACGUGGCUGUGCAGCCUAGCGCUCAGCCUCCCGCAGUACCUGAUCUUCUCGCUGAGCGAGGUGACCGCGGGCUCCGAGGUGUACGACUGCUGGGGACACUUUGUCCAACCGUGGGGCGUGCGCGCGUACAUCACCUGGAUCACCACCGGGAUCUUCCUCGUGCCCGUGACGGUGCUCGUGCUGUGCUACGGGUUUAUUUGCCGCGCGAUCUGGAGGAACGUGCAGUAUAAGACGCGGAAGGGACCGGUGGGUGCGGGGGUGUCGAACGGCCACCGGACGAACGGACUGCUGGGGAAGAGCUCGGUGAGCAGCAUCAGCACCAUCUCGCGCGCCAAGCUGCGCACGGUGAAGAUGACGUUUGUGAUCGUGGUGGCGUACGUGGUGUGCUGGGCGCCGUUCUUCAUCGUGCAGAUGUGGUCCGUCUGGGAUGAGACCUUCUCGUAUGCCGACUCAGAGAACACGGCGGUGGCUCUCUCAGCGCUGCUGGCCAGCCUGAACAGCUGCUGCAACCCCUGGAUCUACAUGCUGUUCAGCGGCCACCUGCUGGGCGAGGCCGCCCGCUGCCUGCCCUGCCGCAGGCGCUCCCUCCGCCACCGCCGCGGCGUCGCCGGGCAACAGGACUCGGACAGCAGCGUCCGCCGCACCACGCUGCUGUCCUGGCUGCACGGGCCCCGCCUCUCCGAGCCCUUCACCUGCAGGGAGCAGGACCCCCAGCCGCAGCCGCCGCCGCCGCCACCGCCGCCGCACCCCCAGCCGCCGCCCGCCCACUUGAGGGUCGCCCCGGGCGAUUUGGGGGCCCCGCCCGCGGGACUUGUUGUUGUCGGAGCCCCCGCCCCCGGCGGGAUGUGAUGCUGCCUGAUCAGAGGCGGACCUUGUUGCUGCUGCCACGUCCGCCUCAAUGCG